GCAUGUGCUGACAAGAUGGCUGCCCCCGUUGCCAUUCAUCUGGAGUUUGGAGGAGGAGCGGAGCUUCUUUUUGAUGGUGUGAAGGAACAUCAUGUCAGUCUUCCAAGCCAUGCGGAACCUUGGGACAUGAAGCAGCUGCUGGUGUGGAUCCGACACAACCUGCUCAAGGAGCGGCCCGAGCUCUUUGUCCAGGGCAACACUGUGAGACCUGGGAUCCUGGUGCUGAUCAAUGACGCCGACUGGGAGCUAAUGGGCGAGUUGGACUACCGCCUGCAAGAGCAAGACAACGUGGUGUUUAUUUCCACGCUACACGGAGGAUAGAAUACACACACACCAACAAUUACACCAUGCUCCCCUCAUUGACAUCCCAACAAAGCUCAACCCCAUUGGACGAAGCGUCAGCCUCUCACCAGACUGUCAAGGUGAUGGAUGUUUUUCAGGAGUCAUAGGGGAUCUCAGAUGGCUACCAAGCCAAUUGGAUGACUUUUUUAAUUUAAUUUUUAAUUUUUAAUAAACUGGACAGGAAUCAUGGCAGAAAGUGCUUGCAUGAUGGUGGACACAAUGUUUGUGUUUUUCACCCAUUAUUCAUUUUUACCGUCCUUUUUAAGAUAUUUAUACUUUUAACUGCACAAUUAAAAUGCUAUGGUUUUGUUAUUUUUCCAGAAUAAAACCUUAAUAGCAGGAGGAAGGUUUUUUCUUAUAUUCUCACAAGGGUGCCAUUUACCAAUUACAUUAAAUCCAGCUCCAUACAAAACUUCCCAUCAUAAUAUUGCAGUCAUUCUAUUUUUUUUUUUACAUUUUAUUUAUUUUAGCAACCAUUAAAAUAUUCUUUCUAUUACAAAAUAAAGCUCGAUGACUAGCAAGAUAGAAUGUUGGUUCUGAUAUUAUCACGAGUUUGCCAUUAACCAGUUCAAUUAAAUCCAUCUCUGUACAGAAACAUCCCUAUCAUAAUAUUGUGAAAAAACUUUUUUAUAUUUUCUAGCCAAUUAAAGUAUUUACUAUAUGGAAAUAUUUCUGAUGUCACAAGGGUGAAUUUAUAAAUUUUAUUAACAUAAACCCAUGAAUCUCUAUACAAAAACAUCCACAUCAGAACAAUAUUGAGAUCAUCCCCCCACACAGUAUUUUUCAAUACAUUUUGGAAUGCACAAUUAAAUUAUUUUUUUUCCUUAGAAUACAAAUUAACCAUUUAAAUUAACAAACCCAUUUCCAUACAAAACCAGCGGCACCACAACAAUGUUGACAUCAAUUAAUUUUGUAGUUUACCCCCUAUGUUUCCCCUUUUUAAUGCUAGCUUUAUUUUUGGGAGGAAUGCUGUUUCUGAUAUUCCCACUAGUGUGUGCCAUUACCAAUUAACUGCAAACCAGAUCCAUAUAAGACAUCCUCAUGAAAACAAUAUUUUCUUCAGUGUUUUAAAUGGUUUGCUAAUUUGUGUAUGUUUUCUAAUUAACACUUAAGGUUAACAAGUAAAGAUGGUGGAAUGUGUUUGAUAUGAUUCCAAUCCUGGCAUUUACCACACCCAUGUGUAAUAUACGUGUACUGUAUAUGUGGUCACACAAUAUGUAG